UCAGAAUUGAAGGGUCUCAAAGAUUAAUAAUAUAAAAAUAUAUUCUGAUAUUGUAAGAUUCUAGUCAUAUUUUGUUCUCAUCCAUAUAAAUGCUGAAGGCAUAAUCUUUGGAGGGCUAAAUGGCAAGGGGUCACCAUAAGGUCUUUACACACAUUGCAGAGACUCUUGUCGUGCCCUGGAUAUGGUUUCAGCUUUUGGCUUCAAUUUUUCUGAUUGGAUGAGAACUGAGAUGAAGUGGGAUUUUUGGGCAGGAGAUAAAAUGGAUCUCUCCAUAGAUAUUGCCAAUGUAGCUUUUUCGAUAUGGUUAUUGGCAUGGUUUUUGAUAGAAAUCUGGAAACGAAGGAGAGGUGGUAGUGGCGUGCGCAGGGAAGAAUCAACCCUGUUUACCAAAAUCACUGUUCUUUGUAAUUUCUUAAUUUCCAUCUUGAAUCUUGGUUUUGGGUUUCUUGAGUAUUGGGAUUUAAGAGCCGUUUUCUCGUCUAUGACUUGGAUUUUAGCUACAUUGGUUGCAUUCUAUUCUGAACAAACAACUCUUAGAGAAGGCAACAGAUGGCCCGCAGUCCUCAUUCUUUGGUGGGUAGUUUCCUGCAUUUGCCGUUCACUUUCUGUCUCAAUUUACUUGAUUACCCAUUUCAGUUCCAUAGAAUUGCCCAAUCUCUUGCCUGAAACUAACAUUGUUGAUUUCAUUUCCUUACCAUUAUCAAUACUGCUUUGCUUCAAUGCUUUAACUUUCGCAUUCAAUUGUAAUACCAAGAUACAAAGUGGUCUUGAACACCCUUUACUUCAAGAAGAACACAAGAGCGAGUUAAAAGAUUCAGCUAGUUAUACCAAGGCUGGAAUUUGCAGCCAACUCACCUUCCAAUGGCUAAAUCCACUAUUUAGAAAGGGGAGAAUCCAAAAACUAGAAUUUUCUCACAUUCCUUCAGUUCCUCAAUCUGAAACAGCAAAGCAUGCUUCCUCAUUGCUUGAAGAAUCACUUGGGAAAAGGAAAACUGAAACUUCUAACUUGCCUAAGGCCAUUGCUUAUGCCAUAUGGAAAUCCUUGACCAUAAAUGGUGUUUUUGCAGGAGUUAAUACAAUUGCCUCCUACAUGGGUCCCCUUCUGAUCACCAGCUUUGUGAAUUUCUUGUCUGAGAAACAUGAGGAUUCAAGCUACCUCUAUGGGUUAUUUCUUGCUUUUAUCUUCUUUAUCUCGAAGACAAUUGAAUCACUAACUCAACGACAGUGGUAUUUCGGUGCUCAACGUAUUGGCAUACGAGUAAGGGCAGCUCUUACGGUACUGGUCUACAAGAAAUGUCUAUCUGUCAAAUUUGUAGGUCCAAGCGCUGGUAAAAUCAUAAAUAUGAUCAACGUGGAUGUGGAAAGGAUAGGGGAUUUCUGCUGGAACAUUCAUGGAGUAUGGUUGCUACCACUUCAGGUCUUCCUAGCCCUUGUUAUUUUGUAUAGGAAUCUGGGUGCUGCCCCCUCAUUUGCUGCUCUUUCUUCCACAAUUUUGAUUAUGGUGAGCAAUACACCAUUGGCCAAUAAGCAAGAAAAGCUGCACACCAGGAUCAUGGAAGCUAAGGACUCAAGAAUUAAAGCAACUUCAGAGACUCUCAAGAGCAUGAGAGUCUUGAAACUGUAUUCAUGGGAAUCUGCAUUUUUGAAGAAGCUUCGUAAACUCAGAGAUGCCGAGAGAGAAUGGCUGAAAAGAUAUCUCUAUACAAGCUCAUUCAUAGCCUUUCUCUUUUGGGCUUCACCAACUCUAGUCUCUGUCAUUACCUUUGGAGUCUGCAUUCUACUAAAAACACCAUUAACAACAGGUUCAGUCCUCUCAGCGUUAGCCACAUUCCGAAUUCUGCAAGAACCCAUCUACAACCUGCCUGAGCUCAUUUCCAUGAUUGCUCAAACUAAGGUCUCAGUUGAUCGCAUCCAAGAGUUCUUAAAAGAAGAUGAUCAGAGAAAGCAAAUACCUUGUAACAUCUCACAAGCAUCUGACAUCUCAAUUGAAAUUGAAAUUGGAGAAUAUGCUUGGGAAACAAAUUAUCAGAACUCAAGGAAACCUACUAUUAAAAUUACGGAGAAAAUGAAAAUAAAGAAGGGUUACAAAGUUGCAGUGUGUGGAUCAGUUGGGUCUGGCAAAUCAAGCCUACUCUGCAGUAUACUUGGCGAGAUCCCCAGAAUUUCUGGAGCAGGAAUUAAGGUGUAUGGAGCAAAGGCUUAUGUUCCCCAAAGUGCUUGGAUUCAAACAGGAACAGUGAGAGAAAAUGUGUUGUUUGGCAAGGAUAUGGAUAAGGCUUUCUACGAGGAAGUUCUGGAAGUAUGUGCUUUGAACCAGGAUAUUGGGACAUGGGUGGACAGAGAUUUGAUUGUGGUGGGAGAGAGAGGGAUAAACUUGAGUGGAGGACAAAAGCAGAGAAUUCAACUUGCAAGGGCUGUUUAUAGUAAUUCAGAUGUUUAUAUCCUGGAUGACCCUUUUAGUGCUGUUGAUGCACAUACUGGAACACAUCUGUUCAAGAAAUGUUUCAUGCAAUUAUUGUCUCAGAAAACUGUCAUAUAUGCUACCCAUCAACUGGAAUUUUUAGAUGCUGCUGACCUUGUUCUGCUCACGAAUGCAUACUUACAGGUGAUGAAAGAUGGUGUGAUUGUCCAGUCAGGAAAAUAUGAAGAUUUAAUUGCAGAUACAACUGGGGAACUUGUUACACAAAUGGCUGCUCAUAAAAAGUCUAUAAAGCAAGUAAACCCAGCCCCAGAAUAUGAUGUCUUAACCAGUGGACCCUCUCAGUUAAAUCAAAAUGAAGUCAUAGAAGAGACAUUUGAAGAACCUAUCAGUAACAGGAGAAUUUCAGAGAGAAAUCAAGAAGAAUUAACAGAAACUGGUAGAGUGAAAUGGAGUGUUUACUCAACUUUUGUUACUUCAGCUUAUAAAGGUGCACUUGUUCCAGUCAUUCUUCUAUGUCAAGUCCUCUUCCAGGGACUCCAGAUAGGAAGCAAUUAUUGGAUUGCUUGGGCAUCAGAGGACAGACACAAGAUAACCAGAGAGCAGUUGAUUGAGAUAUUCAUUUUGUUGUCUGGUGGAAGCUCUAUCUUUAUAUUAGGGAGAACAGUUUUGCUGGCAAACAUUGCUGUUGAGACUGCUCAACGACUCUUCCAAGGAAUGAUCGAAUCAGUUUUUAGAGCACCUAUUUCAUUCUUCGAUUCAACUCCUUCAAGUAGAAUUCUCAACAGGUCCUCUACAGAUCAAAGCACAGUGGACACAGACAUUCCCUACAGAUUAGCUGGAUUGGCAUUUGCACUAAUUCAACUUUUAAGUAUAAUUAUCCUUAUGUCUCAUGUCGCUUGGCAGGUCUUCCUUCUCUUUCUUGUCAUUAUCGGAAUCUCCAUCGGCUAUCAGGCCUAUUACAUUUCCACUGCUAGAGAAUUAGCCAGGAUGGUUGGAAUCAGGAAGGCUCCUAUCUUGCAUCACUUUUCAGAAUCUAUUGCAGGGGCAGCAACUAUUCAUUGUUUCAAUCAGGAAGAUCGCUUUUUGAUGAGAAACCUUAGCCUCAUUGAUGAUUAUUCUCGCAUAGUCUUCCACAACACAGGCUCAAUGGAAUGGCUAUGCAUUAGAAUAAACUUUCUUUUCAACCUCGUUUUCUUCCUUGCUCUGAUCAUCUUGGUGAGCCUUCCCAGGUCAGCUAUUGAUCCCAGCUUGGCAGGGCUGGCAGCUACCUAUGGUCUGAACCUGAAUGUUCUUCAGGCUUGGGUUAUAUGGAACCUAUGCAAUGUUGAGAACAAAAUGAUAUCAGUUGAAAGAAUUCUUCAAUUUACUGACAUACCCAGUGAAGCUCCCUUAGAGAUUGAAGAUAGUAAGCCAAAGCCUGAUUGGCCAAUGGAUGGAAGAAUUGAAUUAGUGAGCCUUUGUGUCCAAUACAGUCCUGUUCUCCCUAUGGUUCUCAAAUCUAUAACUUGCACUUUCCCAGGGGGGAAGAAAAUUGGUGUUGUGGGCAGAACAGGGAGUGGAAAGUCUACUUUGAUUCAAGCUCUUUUUAGGGUGAUUGAGCCCUCUGGAGGAAAGAUUCUUAUUGAUGGACUGGAUAUUUCCAAGAUAGGUUUGCGAGAUUUGAGGUCUAGGCUAGGUAUAAUUCCUCAAGACCCCACAUUGUUUCAAGGAACUGUGAGGAAUAAUCUGGAUCCUUUGCAAGAACACUCAGAUCAUGAAAUCUGGGAGGUUCUCAACAAGUGCCGCCUUGCUGAUAUAGUGAAGCAGGAUCAAAGGCUUCUCGAAGCACCAGUUGCUGAAGAUGGUGAAAACUGGAGUGUCGGGCAGAGGCAGCUUGUUUGUCUGGCUAGAGUGCUUCUAAAGAAGAGAAGAAUUUUGGUAUUGGAUGAGGCCACGGCUUCCAUUGAUACAGCAACAGACAAUAUCAUUCAGGGGACGAUAAGAGAAGAAACAAGUAGAUGCACAGUCAUCACAGUGGCGCAUCGAAUACCUACUGUCAUUGACAAUGACUUGGUUUUGGUUCUUGAUGAAGGGAAGGUGGUAGAGUAUGACUCCCCUGAGCAGUUGCGCAAGGACAAUUCUUCUUCAUUUUCGAAGUUGGUUGCAGAAUUCUCAAGGAGAUCAUCAACAAGAAACCAACAUAGAAAUUAUCUUGACCGGAGAAGAUAUUAAGCCCCAGCCUCUGUAUUUUAUCAUUGUGAAAAGUGGUUCAUAAUUAGGUCUUAUGACUUAUAGUACUGCAAUCCGAUAAAAAGUGGCAGUAGCAGUUGGCUAGAAGGCAAAACUAAUCAGCAGAAGUGUAAACAAAUAAAUCCAUACCUUGUACAGUACAAUUAGGGAUUAAAUUAUGGACAAAAUGAGUUUUAGAGCAUCUAA